AGAGAGAGAGAGAGAGAGGGCUAUAUGAUAGAUUACUAGAUUAGAUAGGAGAGAGGACACGAAGAAGUCAGUAAACCACGUGCACCUGGGAACUCGACCCCUCUCUUCUCUCCAGUCUCAUACUCCAACCAUACUUCUUCAUCUACUCCCUUUUCAAGCAAUCUCUCUCUCUCUCUCAAAAGAAGAGAACAAAAAAACCUGGAAGCUGAUUACUUCUAGAUUCCUUGAAUCUCUUACACACAGAAACAGAGAAACUUCAUCCACUCAAAAAAAAAACAGAGAGAAACUAAAGAACCAAAGGUCUGUCUGGUACACCAAUGGUGGAAGCGAAGAAUCAAGAAGACAUGAGCGAUGGGAUGCAAUGCACAAACCAUCCCUUCACAAAGAACCCAGGUGGGAUCUGUCCUCUCUGCCUCCAAGAAAAGCUCGGAAACCUCGUCGCUUCCUCUUUCCCUCUCCCCAAACUCCUCUCUUCCUCUUCCUCCACUUCCUCCCCUUCCUUCAGAUCUGACUCCGUACGUAGCUCCACCGCCACAACCGCCUCCACCGCAAGUCUCUCGCUUUCAGUCUCCGGAGCCAGAAACGCCACAGACAACAACAAGAGCAAGCUUCCGUUUUUGCUAGCGAACAAGAAGAAGAAGAUGCUGACAGCUUCCACGGCGAGUAUCGUCUACAAGAGAAGCCAGUCAACGACGUCGUACGGUGGUUCUGAUCUCACCCCGAGGAAGAGGAACGGGUUUUGGUCGUUUCUACAUCUCCACUCUCACAAACACCAUAGCAGCGGUAAGAAAGUCAGAAACUUUCGUUCAAAACAUGCUGAAAACACUUUGUCGGAAACAGAGACCACGACUGUCGGAUCUUCUUCGGGGUCAAAGAGAGUUAACGGAGGUGGGAGUAGUAACAGAAACGGCAUUGAUGUGAUUGUGGAGGAAGAUGUAGUUACAGCAACAACAGCACCGAGCGAGAGGAGAGUGUCGAGAUCCAGAUCUGUCGGGUGUGGAAGCAGAAGCUUCUCUGGUGAGUUCUUUGAGAGGAUCACACAUGGGUUUGGAGAUUGUACUUUGAGGAGAGUUGAGUCACAGAGAGAAGGUAACAACAACAAAGCUAAAGCUAGUAGUAAUGUUGGUGUGAGGGAGAUUGUGAGAUGUGGUGGGAUCUUUGGUGGGUUUAUGAUAAUGACUCCAUCUUCAACUUCCUCGUCAUCAUCAUCAUGGGUGUCAUCAUCAUCGUCAUCAGCUGAACAACAUCAUCAUCAAGGUCAUGGUGGAAGGAACAGGAGCUGGGGAUGGGCUUUUGCUAGUCCAAUGAGAGCUGCUUUCAGUUAUUCAUCAUCUGGUAAAAGAGGUCGCACAAUUUCAGAUUCUACAAGCAAGAACACAGCUCCAAACUUGGAUGCAAUUCCAUCGUUGUUGUCCGUCAGUAGCUGAGUUAAAAGACUCUGCAAUAAGUGUCUUUUUAGAAUCUUAAACAAUAAAAAUAAUUAAAAGCUAGUUUCAUCAUCUUAGUAUUGUAAUGUCACACUACUCUUCUAUGUUAAUUAUCAACUGUUGUCUAAUAAGGAGAGAUGAACUUAGGAUACUUGGGCUACUUUCUUCUGUUUGUUUGUCUUUUUUCUAUUGGUUACAUUAUAUUUUAAUCCUUAA